UGCCAAGGACCAGUUUCUGGCCUCUCUGAUGGGAAAAUGCAAGACGGGAAGAGAACAGCCGGCAACAAGGGCCACGGAGCGCAGCUGCCUCUCGACCCGCUAAGACGCUUUGUGGUGCUCUUGGAAAGUUUUGCACCCCUUGUGAAUUCUCUGAAUCUUGGCAUUGCCAGCCCACUACUGUUGGGCCCUCCUCCUUUACAGCUUGCCCAGAUUAAGACACAGUUGGCUCUUCACCAGUUGAACUUGGUUGCUUCAAACCAUUCUGUAGCAUCUUGUGCUUUGUUAAAUAAAGCAUUCCUGAAAAUUGCAAUGUUUAACCCUAGAGGAAACAUACCUCCAAGGCCAAGGGGACCUACCUCAGGUGGUCCGACCCCACGUGGACCUUUUCAGGAGUCAGGACCUAGACCAGGUGGUCUUCAGAGACAGCCCCCAACUAAUCCUCAUGGCAUGCCUCAACGAUUCACAGGAUCGGAAAUGAAAUCAGGAUUUUCAGGGCCAAAUGUUCAGGUCACUCAGCACAGAAUGGAUCCAAGACAAACAGAGGAGAGGAUAAAUAUACAGCGGCAACAAAAGGAAGAGAAUCGUACUUCCCGUUGGGAUAAUAAUUAUCAACCUGGGAAUAGUAGCCGUAGCCAGCCUGCUUCAGGAAGGAUUGCAGAACAUACCACAAGUGUUCAGAGCCGUUACACGAAUGAGAGUGCCUCAAGUAUCUUAGCAAGCUUUGGCUUAUCUAAUGAAGACUUGGAGGAACUUAGUCGCUAUCCAGAUGAUCAGCUGACACCUGAAAACAUGCCUUUGAUUUUGAGGGACAUCCGCAUGCGCAAAAUGGGUCUUCAGUUACCUGAUUUAUCUUCUCAGAGCAGAGAAAAAGAAACCUUUCGGAGCAAUGAUAACCGUGGUUCAAUGAUGAAGAGCAAGGUGAUUGAUUAUGGACAUGAAAGCAAGUAUGGAUAUUCUGAGGGUCCCCUUGAAGUCAAAGUCUACAGUUCUGAAGUACCAACAGAGGAGAACAUGAAAGGAUUUCAAGCACAGCAGACUGCUUCAGUGACUGCUACACCUUCCAGUGUACCCAAUAAUCCACUGAAUGCAGUUGAAGAACUAAUACGACGGAUGGGGUUCCAGAGAAGCACACCAACUACCCAGCCCUUUUUCCCCAUGGGUACUGCCAGUGAGUUGCCUGGAUUGUGCCUCCCUUCAGCAGGACCUGGAAUACCUCCACCUGUCCAGCCCAUUAUGCCCCCUGUAGUACUCCCCUUGCCUCCACCUGUGAUGCCUCCUGUUGUCCAGCAAGUUUUGCCUCCUCCCCCUGUUGCUCAGCCCAUGAUGCCAAUUAUGAAUCAGCCACCACCUCCGUUUGUACCUGGGAUAUUUGAGGCUGUAAAGAGGCAGAACAGGAUUCAACAUGAAUCCAGAGGUAAUCUUCCUAAUGCUUCACCUGGACCUACAACAGGUCAGAAGAAUUUCCAGAAAAAAGCAGAGAAUCCUAUUGCAUCUCCUUUUGGUGUAGUAAAAGCCUCUUGGCUUCCAGUGUUUUCGCAGGCAGAUGCCCAGAAGAUGAAGAGACUGCCAACUCCAUCUAUGAUGAAUGAUUACUAUGCUGCAUCUCCAAGAAUAUUUCCACAUAUGUGUUCUCUGUGUAAUGUAGAAUGUAGACAUUUGAAGAAUUGGAUUCAGCAUCAGAAUACGACUGCCCACAUUGAGAGCUGUCGUCAGCUACGCCAACAAUAUCCUGAUUGGAAUCCAGAAUCCCUUUCUUCCUCAAAAAGACGUGAAAGUGACAGAAAGGAGAAUAAUUCUUUAAGGAGGCGAUCUGACAGUUCUAGCCCAAGACGCUCAAGCUCUAGCCAUGCUAGACAGCGAAGUCGGUCACGAUCUAGGACCCCUGGAUAUCGCAGGACUAGUAGGCCAAGAAGCCGAAGUCCCCUACAUCUGUCUAGUCCCAGGCAUAGGUCAAGAUCUCCACGGCGCUUUCAAAACUUCAGUUCGUGCUCUCGAAGAUCUUCAAGCCAGGAGAGAGGAUUUGGAAGAUCAGCUACCACUUCAGAUGAGGCCUUGGAAGCUGCAGUGAAAUGUUUGGGGCCAUGCUUUGUUGAAGAGUUCAAUAAGCAGAAAUCAGUUCAAGCACUCAUCCGAGAAAUUUCUGAAACAAAAAGGACAUCAACUGAGCCACAUCCUGGGAGCAUGAAGAUCCAAAGUAAUCCUACAACUUCUCUGAAGCCUCCCAGGAGGGAUUUUACUCAGUAUGGAUCACCUGAUAUUAAAAUGAAGCAGAUUGAGGCCCCUGGUAUUCCAAGAAAAGGAGCAAUAGUUGAGGGGAAAAGUAAGAAAUUGCCCAUGGGAGCACCAGUAAAGCAAGCAAAUGUUGAUCCCGAAGUCCCAUACAACAGGCUUUUGACAGAUAAACUCUUGAAUUGUGGCACAGUUCUUCGAAUAUCUGACUUACCAGAUGGCUUUUCAGUUGAUGAUAUUAAAAAAGUUGUUCAGCCUUUUGGAAAAGUUAAUGAUAUCUUAGUGCUGCGUUCUAGAAAUGAGGCCUUCCUAGAAAUGAACUAUAAGGAAGCAGUAACAGCAGCAGUUAAAUAUGGCAGCACAGUUCCAGUUUGGAUUAAUUUCAAGCGUGUGAAUAUAAGUGUAGCGGAAAAGCCCAAAACUACCUUCAACCAGAACAAAGGAAAUGUGAAGAAUACUGAACAAAAUGUCAAAACUCUGAAUACAAAGAAAGAUCAAACCAACUCUACUGCAAAAACAGCAAAACCUGUUUCACCAGUAACCUCCACCUCAAAAACCAACGUUAAGGACCCUGGAGAACCUCAAAAGGGUGGGGCGAUAAAGUCAGUUGUUGUGGAUCCAAAAAAGAAACCUGGGACAAUGAAAGUUGUAGAUCAAAAGAAGCUAGCAGAUCUCAAGAAGGUUGGGGCAACAAAGGCAGCUGUAGAACAAAAGAAGCCAGCAAAUCUCAAGAAAGUUGGAGCAGCAAAGGCAGCUGCAGAACAGAAGAAAUCUACAGAUCUCAAGAAGACUGGGGUAACAAAGGCAACUGCAGAACACAAGAAGUCUGAGGAGCCCCAAAAAGCUCAAGAGAGCAAGAAGACCACGGAGCCCAAGAAACCUGUCGAAUCCAAGGCAAAAGAAACACCUGCCCAUGUGCCAGAUCCAAUAGAGGCUGUAAAGGGUGCAAAAGCAGGAGAAUCAAGCACGGAAACAGAAGAAAUAUGUGUUGUGGUUAUUUCUAACCUGCCUGAGGCAGGGUUAACUCUUGAUGAGAUUUCCAACUUAACCAAGCCUUUUGGAGGACAGAAAGAUAUUUUAAUUGUGUCUUCACAUAAGAAGGCAUAUUUAGAAAUGAGUUGCAAAUCUGCAGAUUCCAUGGUGAAAUUUUAUACCUGCUUUCCGAUGUGGGUACAAAGUAACCAGCUGUGCAUUACUAUGGCACCUGAAUUCAAGGAUAUUAAAGAUGAGGAAGCUAUAUUUAUUGCUAUGAUUAAAGAUGCUAAUCCAAAGGUGAAUACCGAAACUCUUCAUGCACAGUUUGUGUAUCUUGGCAACUUGCCUGAUGGGGGAUACUCAGAACUUGAAAUACUUUGUGUUGGACUUCGAUUUGGGCGAGUGGAUCACUACAUGGUGAUAACAAAUAAGAACAAGGCAAUUCUUCAGCUGGAUAGUGCUGAGUCAGCUGCAUCAAUGUGCCGCUUUCUAAGAAGAUAUCCCUAUAGACUGGGAAAUUCACAAUUGACCUUUUCACGAUCACCAAAGAUUGAACCUUUGCCACCUGAAGUCAUGAAAAGGGAGGUGAGAAAACAAGAGCCAAGCAAAGAGAGCCCUGACUUGGAAAAAAAUCCCGAAGGAUCAGGAGUGGUGCAGUCAACUGCCGUUCCUUCAGCAAAGCCCAUUGAGGCCGUGGAAGAACCCAGUUCUAAUUUGAAGGUUAAGAUCCCAAAAGUGAAGACUGAACUCUCGGGCAUUGAGACAGUGGUAUGUGAAGCUGCUUCAAAGUCAUCCAAGACUGAAGCAUCAGAAGGGAAUCCUUCUAGAGUUGCAGCAACAGCCUUGGCUGUUGUCCCAGCUGAUUCGGGCUCAUUGGAAGCAAAAUCUCAGGAAGUCCUUGCUUUACCAUCCAACCUGAAGAAGGAAGAAAAAGUCACGGAUAACUCUAACAAUGAAUUGCUGGAAAAUGUGUCCACAUCUGCAGCUGGGAAUGGAAGUGAAGAAUUAUCUGUCCCUGUUGGUGAACCCUCAGAAGAAUCACUUAGCGUGGUCAAAACUGAAAGCUUAAGGGCAGAUUCUGCCAUGAUAGAGGAGGGAGAAGGCACAGCUGCUCCUGUUUGUGAGACUGUUCCACUAGCCUCUGCAGAAGCACCAAUGGAAGGCCUACAAUCAAGCAAUAAAGUGAGAAUUUCAGAAGCAAAUAGUACCGAAGCAUCCAUAAGCCUACCAGAUAUGCCUGCUGCUAAGGUUGGGGGCAUAGAUAAGGAAGAGGACACCCCUUUUUCCACAACUGAAGCAAGUGUGGAUCUGGAAUCUCAAGCACCUGUGACUGAGACCAGGGAAAUCACCAAGGAUAAAUCUGAAUUACAAGUGGUUGAGGCUGCAACAGCUGCAGAAAAGCAACCCGAAGACCUGGUAUCAAAUGAUGGAGCCACCAAGGAGAAGAAACCUGAAAAGAAUGCAAGUGAAGAGAGCACUGAGCAAAUUUUACCCAAGGCACAGUCAAAUAAAGGACCAGGACAAGCCAAAACUGAUGAACCCAAUAAAGCUAAUAUGCUUGCAGCAGAUUCAGCAACUAGUUCAGAGACAGCUUCUGUUAGUAAGACCAUCUUGAAGGCUCUGAUGUCUGUUCCAAAUAUGUCAAAGGCAAGAGCUUCCCCACGAAGAAAAGAGGAGCAGAAGCCUCUCGUAAAGAUGGGAACCAGGAGCCAAGUGCUUGCAGAGAAGAAACUUGUGGCAAAAGAAGCAAGUCAGCAAAAACCUACCAAUAGUAGGUCAAAUAUGCCAGAGAGCAGCAUAUCUAAGCCGAGCAUAAGUUCUCUUGUUGUUAAGGUAGGAAGUGGAAAGAGUUCAUCGCAGCAGGACAAGAGCUCCCAAGUGGAAACUAAGGGUAGCUCAAAGCAGACCCGAGAACAAGAGAGUAGAUCUUCCAGCAUGAAGCGAGACAACGGCAUUAAUAAGGCAUCUGCUGGAAGAAAUACUAGAAGCUCUAAAAGUAGCACGAAACCAAUGGAGGAGGUGGAGCUUUUCCCUUUUAACUUGGAUGAGUUUGUUACUGUGGAUGAGGUUAUAGAUGAAGUGGACUCUCCUUCUCCACUUAAGAGGAACCCUCCAAGGGGCAAAAGGAAGGAUCCUGUAAAGAAAAGCCUUGCUUCUGAGCCCAGCUCCAAGAGAAGGAAGGGCAAGAAUUCUGCUGCAUGUGGUGCUGAGGGCAAGCCCUCCUUUGUCACAUUGGAUGAGGUUGGAGAAGAUGAGGGUGGGGUGGCCCAGGCAGCAGACCUGUUGAACUUGGAAGCCCUGCCAGACCCCCAAGCACUAGUCACAGUUGAUGAAGUGAAUGAUGAUGAGGAACUGAUUUCUGAAGUGGUCCAAGAUCCACAGUCACUUGUUACUUUGGAUGAGGUAUCUGAGCAGGAGGAGCCUACUGCUCAUGAAUCUGCUAAAGACGUCCUCCCAUUGGGUGACAGUGAACCUGAUCUGAAGGCAGAGCCCUUAGUAACAGUGGAUGAAAUUGGAGAAGUGGAAGAGCUACCUCUAAAUGAACCUUCACAUUUCAAGGUUGAUGAGGCUCUAAAGUCUGGAGAAGAUGAAAAACAGAUUGUUGAGGAUCCUGGAGAUUUCCUUUCUUCCCAGAUGCCAGAAGAUCCCAGCACUUUAGUUACAGUGGAUGAAAUCCAUGAGGACAGUGAUGAUCAGCCACUAGUGACUGUGGAUGAGGUGAUGGAAGAGGAUGAAGAUUUUCUGGCAGACUUUAAUCGUCUGAAAGAAGAGCUUAAUUUCGUUACAGUAGAUGAGGUAGGCAGUGAGGAUGAAGAAGAAGAAGAUGCUGCUUCUGGAGAGACCAAGGGGGAGGGGUCAGUUGCUGAAACAGCCCCAGAAAAGGGGGCUAUAAUGCUAGUAGCCAAACCUGAAGAAUGUAUGUCGUCGUCUGCUGAACCAGAAAAGGGGGCUAUAAUAAUGUCAGCGACCGAACCUGAAGAUGGUGUGAUGUCCUCUACUGAACCAGAAAAAGAGGCUAUAAUAAUGCCAGUGACUGAACCUGAGGAGGAUGUGAUGUCCUCAGAUGAACCAGAAAAAGGAUCUAUAAUAAUGUCAAUAACCAACCUUGAAGAGGAUGUGGUGUCAUCUGCUGAACCAAAAGAAACAGGAAUUCCAUGUGAUAUCCUACCAGAAGUGAGUGUUACUGUUGGGAGUGGACUGCCUGAGGGAAAUGAGAUGUCUGAAGCUCAGGCAGAGGCUGCUGAAAGAGAGGGCUUUGCUGCAGAGGAUAAAGAAAUAGAUGGGCAGAAAGUGACUUCAGUAAAUAUUGAGAAGGAUGAGGAUGAAGAUGAUGAUGUGGAGAGAGAAAAUAAGAAAAUUACUGAAGCAGACAAAGAGUGUGAGCAGCCAUUGGCAGACUCAUCAGACAACAAGGAGAGAAGUACAGGAGAGGACCAGCAACCUUCUGAGUCAGAGAGCCAUGAAGAGGACAUUGUGGCUGAAGCAACUGAAAUGGAAGCAGCGGGAAGCCCAGAACCCACUUCCGAUGAGAUGAAACCAGUAGAUGAAGUGCUGAUGCUCCCCCUAGACCUGGAUGUUUCCACAGGGAACAGUCAGACUGCAGUAGUUGGGGAAUUGGACACAGGAGCUGAACUGCCUGAUCAAGAUCUCAGUGUGCAUCCUGAGGCAGAUUUGAAGGAGGAAGAGAGCUGCAGUGAGGCAACACCUUCACAGUCUUCUGUAAAGUUUGAGAAAGAUUUGACUGGAUCAGAAUGUGAAGAACCAGAGUCGAAACGAAGAAAAGUAGAUUCUUCAGAGAUAUCCAAGGCCCCAAGCCACCCAAAAGAUUUAGAUUUCCUUGUCCCAAAGGCUGGUUAUUUUUGCCAGAUAUGUUCCUGUUUCUGUGUGGAUGAAGCAUCUAUGAAGACCCAUUGCCAGUCUCCACUUCACCAGCAAAAUAUGGAGAAGUUCAUGAUCAAGAAUACUCAGUAGGAAGAGAAAAACAGUGAAGAGGAUGCUGAAGAACAGAGUUCUAGGUGAUAUGAAGAUGGAAAGAGCUUCUACAAACUUGUUUAGUGGUCCAUUCAGUUCUGUGUAUUGUGUUCAUUUUAACUUUAUUUGUUUGCAGACGUUCAUGUUGUAUAUACGUUUGCUCAGUAUAGAUGAAGACUGAUGAGAAUUGUAUGAUGGUUUUUUUAUUGCAGUUUGCAAUUAUGCCAGAAGUGUUUGAAUAAACAUUCUUACUGUGUAGUCA